AUCGCCGAGUAUAGCUUCCUAGGAGAAUUUGACGUUCUCCGAUAUUCACGCACUGACACUCGUGAACUUGACUGGACCAAGCCGACACAUCGAGAAGCCCUGGUCAAAUUCUUAAAGCUUCGUCGUGCGCAUGAAGAGGUUGAGCGCCUUAACAUCGAAGUUCGUUGUCUGCGGACUGCCAUUCAUGAUGAAAGUGCACAAAUGUCUACAGCCAUCAGUAAACUCCUUCACUCAAAUCCUCCGCUGGGUAGAGAGCUGCAGAAGCGCUGGAAACUGCGCUCCGCAGUUAACUCAGUACAUUUGUUCCAGCUAGAUGAAAUUGAGUCGCAAUCUAGUUUUUCAGGUAUUCGAGGUCAUGGACGACGGAUUGGCUCCUUGGUAGAGGACGAGUCCAGUGUGGUAGACUGUUUGAAUCAUCCAUCCGGUGCAUUUGUCUUUCAGGUAUUGAAUAUAUUUUGA